AUGGCGGCGCUUGGGCAGGUGGGCAGCCGCAUUGCCCAGCCGGAGGAGCAGGCCGGCUCCGUAGAGUCGUCUGUCACCCCCGGGACGCCAAUUCCUACCGUGUGCCCCGUGUCCCUCGAGCGGCCCGCCUCGCCAGGAAAGGCCGCAGAACCGCGGGACAAGACCCUGUGGGAGCAGAUCUGCGAGGAGUAUGAAGCUGAGCUGCCUCCCUUUCCAGAGGGAUAUAAAAUCAAGCCGGAAGCUGUGAUUACGCACCAGCUUUCACCAAUGGAAGAAACAGUUUUCCGUGGCUUCAAUACAGAGCACCUUUAUUCAGUUUCUCAUUUGGGCACAGAUUCAUAUGUACCCUGCCCUCAAGUUAAAUUGGAAAAAGUUAAUCCAAAAACAUGUCCCCCCAAAGAAUAUUUGGAAACGUUCAUCUUUCCAAUUCUGCUUCCUGGUAUAGCUAGCCUGCUUCACCAGGCAAAGAAAGAAAAAUGUUUUGAGAGGAAAAGAACCAAAUUCAUUGCCUGUGAUUUUCUGACCGAGUGGUUAUACAAUCAGAACCCCAAGAGGGCAGGGGAGCCAUCUACGGAAUUCUGCUCCAUCCCGUUCGUGGAGCAGUGGCUGACGCAACACCCCCGGCCGCCAAUCCCACUGUCCCUCCUGCUGACCGAAGAGGAAGCAGCGCUGUGCAUCCAGGCCUUCUGGAGAGCCUACCUGGUUCGCUGUGAUCCUGAGAUUCAAGAAUUGCGCCAGUGGCAGAAGAAACUGCGUGAGAGCAAGCACAUUCGCGAGCGGGUCAAAAUUUUCUGGGCCAAACAAGAACAGAAAG